UAUAUAUUGGACUCAGCGGCUUUCGUCAUGUACACUCGCAAAUCAUACUUGACUCGCAUCUUUCUAGCUCAUUGUCCCACACGCAUUACAAACACUUGCUUCUCGACUAAACGAGAUGUCCACCAUAACCCUCAUUACCGGUGCAAACCAAGGUGUCGGCCUCGCCACUGCAUUAAAGCUCGCCAAAACCCACAAUCACCAUGUAAUCAUCGGCUCUCGCAACGCUGAAGCGGGCGCCAAAGCCGCCGCUCAAGUAGCCGCAGAAGGAGGCUCUGCCUCCAGCGUCCAACUCGAUCUUGGAUCCGAUGCCUCCAUCGCAGCGGCUGUGAAAACGAUCGAAACAGCACACGGUCACAUCGAUGUUCUGGUGAACAACGCCGGAAUUCUGAUUGACGGAAAGAACCCCGAGCAAGCGACCCGCGACCUGUUCACCGAGACAUUCAACACCAACGUUAUCGGCACCGCAGUCCUUACUGAGGCUUUCAUCCCUUUAAUCCGCAAGUCAGCGAACCCGAGGAUCGUCUUCGUGUCAUCCCGCAUGGGCUCUCUGCAACAAGCCACCGUGAAGGACACACCAUUCUACGCGAUUGACUAUAAAGCUUAUGAUGCCAGCAAAGCGGCGCUGAAUAUGUUGGCCUUGAAUUAUGUGCGAAUUUUGGAGGAUGUGGAUGCCAAGGUCAACGUUGCGUGUCCGCAGCUUGUGAAGACGAAUUUGACAGGCUGGACGGAUUAUGGAAUCACGCCUGAGCAGGGGGCGGAGAGAAUUGUGGAGUUGGCGACACUGCAGAAGGGGGAUAAGGUUACUGCGACGUUUAGUGAUCGCGAUGGAGAGAUCGCUUGGUAGAUAGCAGGAUAGCCGACGAAGGCCGACUUUACCGUGAGGA